CACCGGCGCAUUUGAGUGUCGCUUAUUUUUGUUCUGUGCUCAGUGGAGGCGCAGUGUGGUGUGUGAUUACAGUCUGUUCAUACAAUGGCUGAUGAUGGUCCGAUGGAGGAUUAUCCCACUGAAAUUGAGGAAAACCUGAAUGAUUUUGAGACCUCUUUGAGCUCUGUCCAGAACAUGGUCCAAACGCUCGUGUCUGUAUCCAGAAGUGACAAUCUGCUUCAACUGGAUCCUCUUGAUCGUGCUAAAUUGGAUCUGAUGUCUGCAUAUGCCCUCAACUCAAUGUUCUGGAUGUAUCUGGUGACACAAGGAGUCAAUCCGAAAGACCAUGCGAUUAAACAAGAAUUGGAUAGGAUCAGGACAUACAUGAACAAAGUCAAAGAGAUCACGGACAAAAGAAAAGCUGCACGUCUGGACAAAGGUGCAGCAUCGCGGUUUGUUAGGAAUGCAUUGUGGGAUCCAGAGGACAAGAAAAGAGAAGACACAGCUGAGCAUCCCCAGAGAGGAAAGCACAUUAGGUUUUCUUGAUUGAAUUGACUGGUGAAACACUGACGUUUUUCGGCAAAUAUUUAGCAGACUUUGGGAUUAAGCAUAACACAUAUUUCAGAGCAUUGAGAAACUGCAUAAGAAGUCUGCCGGUUACCUGGUGAUUUGUUAUGAUGCUGUGUUGAGUAGCAUCAUUCUUUUCAAGAUCGUGACUAGUUUCAAACUAAAGAAGAAACCCAAUAUAAGUUACAGGUAUUUAAGUAGCCUACAGUUUUUAUUAUUAUUGUUUUAUUCAGUUGCAUUUGAAGAGAAUGUUUUUUUGUUUUUUUUUAGUUUCGAGUAAAUUUUAGAUCUGGGGUUACAUAAUCUGAAAUGUGGACCAUUCAUAAUACCUGUCCCAUUAAAACU